AUACAAACAACUAUUUCUUAUUACAAAACAUGGCUCCCAAAGUUAAUAUUAUUAUCUACACCUUGUACCAUCACAUUUAUACCUUAGCCUUGAGUGUUGAACAAGGUCUUAAGGAAGCUGGUAUUGACGCCAAGAUUCUUCAAGUACCUGAAACUCUUUCUGAAGAAAUUCUUACAAAGAUGCAUGCUCCUCCCAAACCUGAUGUUCCUAUUGCCACUCUUGAAGAUUUGACUGAAGCUGACGGUCUUAUCUUUGGUUUUGGUACUCGUUUUGGUACCAUGCCUGCUCAAUUCAAGGCUUUCCUUGACUCCACUGGUCAACUCUGGGCUGGUGGUAAGUUGGCUGGUAAAUUUGGUGGUCUUUUCUUCUCAACAGCUGGUCAACAUGGUGGUCAAGAAACAACUGCUUUCACCACUAUUACUUUCCUUGCUCAUCAUGGUAUGAUCUAUGUUCCUCUUGGUUUCGCCAACCCUCACUUGUUCGACAAUAGUGAAGUUGUUGGUGGUUCUGCUUGGGGUGCUGGUACUGUUGCUAAUGGUGAUGGUUCUCGUAAGGUCUCUGAUAAGGAAAAGGAAAUUGCUGUCACUCAAGGAAAGAACUUUGGUGGUGUUGUCAAGACCUUCGUCGCUGGUAAAUCCGAAUAAAUCUUAAUUUGAUUGUAUAUUUCUGGCGAUGCUUGGAUGUAGUUUUAGCUUACUCUUUUAUAUAUAUAUAUAUGCAUAUAUAUUAUUUGUGGUCAAUAAAGAUAUCAUGUUGAUUUUAUGAAUCAUACAAAAAUAAAUAAA